CGACGAAGUGCUUCCCGAGGGGGUUCUAGACGGCCGAACAAAUAUUCGCGAGAUGGCGUCCGAGGCUCUCAUUUUGGAGAUGCUGGCCAAUCCACCGGAUAUCAAUGAACCUCAACCGUUGUCGAACCGUAAGGCGACGAUUUUUGGAACUACAGUAGGCUUUUUGGCGGUCACUUGGAUGGCAGUUGCUCUACGACUCUACACUCGAGUUCGGAUCGUUCGUGAAGCCGGUUGGGACGAUUUUCUAGUUACGGUGGCAUCGGUAUGCAACACAGCAGCAACCGUAUGUGUCCUGCUUUCCAUAGAAUACGGGCUUGGGCGGCACUUUCUUUACCUUCCCCUGGAGACGAUGAGCAAGUAUCUCAAAAUCUACUACAUUGAAAGUGCCAUCUACGUUAGCAACACCACCAUCAUCAAAGCCUCCCUCCUCGUUCAAUACCUUCGCAUCUUCAAAGCUGGAACAAUGCGCUGGGUAUGCGUCUCCCUUCUCGUCAUCAUCAGCAUCUGGGGCCUCACAUACGGCUUCAUGGCCUGGGUGCCAUGCUUUCCUGUGAGCGGCUACUGGAAUCGCAAGCUAAAUCCGAAGUGCUAUGCAUAUGGAUUUGAGUCAAAAGCAACAUUUAUUGCGACGUAUGAGACGCAUACCGCGUUGAAUAUGGCUUUUGAUAUAGCUGUGUUUUUAACACCGAUGGUCUUGUUCCAGCAGCAAGGUAUGCGAAGGAAGAGCAUUCUUGCCUUAGCAGGGCUAUUCUUGUUUGGGGCUGUCGUCGUCUUUACAUCAGUAUGGCGUCUCUACACCAUUAUUGUUAACAAGGCCGCCACCCACCCCUACAUCGACUUUACAUGGUGGACACCCGUCAGCGUCAUCCUCUCGUGUCUCGAAAUCGACCUCGCUAUCAUUUGCGCCAGCAUGCCCAUCUUCUGGCCCGUUCUCGAGAAAUCGUUUUCCCAUAUUUUUGUCACCCACGAAGUCCACAUUACCGAACAUCGACGACUCAAUGAAACUGGGCUGGAGUACGAGCUUGACCACGCCGAGAGUAGGAGUGAGCGGGCGGGAAGUUUGAAGAGUACUAGUGCAGUCGAUCCGUUCAAAUAUUACACAGAUCAGUAUGUGAUUAAGCAGGUUGAUCCGCUAGCACAGGGGAAUAUAGGUGUGGAGACGAAUGUGCAGACUGAGCCGAAACCGAAGUGGAGAAUUUAG